AUGGCUUCUUCGGCGAUAUCCGACGGCGCAGCGGCGGCGGCGGCGGCUGCCGCGGCGGAAGGGCGCAGCUGGCGGGGGAAAAGACGGCGCAGAGUGGGGGACGGGGAUCGAGGGGGAGGCGGAAAGGGGCGGGGGAGUGGGGGAAGACGGGCAGCACGCGGCGACGGGGAUAACGGCAAGGAGGAGGAGGAGGCGAACAAGGGGGAUGCGGUGGAAGGGGAGGAGAUGAAGGAGCAGCGGGAGAUUCUCCCGAGAAAGGAAAUGGAGGUACAGGUGGCUUUUGGGGCGCCUCAUCAUUCUUCCAACACCUUUUCUCCCCCCACUCCUCGCCAGAUCACGCCUCUCCCCAUCCCACCUUCCACUCCUACCCCACGCGCCUCCUCCCUCUCCUCCUCGCCCCUCUCUCCCAACCUCUCUCCUCUCCCCACUCCCCUCCCUCCCUCCGCCUCCAUUCCCUCCGCCUCCAUUCCCUCCGCCUCCCGUCCCCCCGCCCUCCCCCAUACCUGCGCCCAAGCCUGCGCCCGUAGCUCCCCCGAAGGCUGCGCCCACAACCCCUCCAGCGACCGUGGCAGCGACCGUGGCAGCGACCGUGGCAGCGGCGGCAGCGGUGGCGGCGGUGGUGACUCAUACAGGCGUCUGCCGGCGUCCUUCUGCUGCCACCCUGCUGAAGAGCUGGCGCCGCUGCUGCUGGGGAAGCUGCUGCGGCGAGAUGACGUGGUGCUGCGCAUCACAGAGGUGCGCUGCACUGGGGGGGAGGGGGUGGAGGGUAGGGAGUGUGGGGGUGGUAUCUGGGGUGCCGCUGCUGCUGGGGAAGCUGCUGCUGCGAGACGACGUGGUGCUGCGCAUCACAGAGCUCUAGCCAGUCCGAUUUCAUUUGAUUCGUCUAUUCUCCUUCCCUUCCUCAUCUCCUCCACCUCUCCCCCACUCCUUCAUCCCUUCCCCCUCUUCGACCCGUUUCACAACCCCCUCCUUCCCCCCCGUUCCCGCCCUGCUGCAUGCGCCUAUGCUGCUGCAUGUGACAUGGAAACAAGGCAGGUGGAGGCAUACACAGCGGGGGACACGGCAUGCCAUGCCCGCUUUGGGUGCACUCCGCGCACUGCCCCACUGCCCUCUCAUCCCUCUUCCGUCCCCCCUCUCUCCGCCCUCUCUCCGCCCUCUCUCCGCCCUCUCUCCCCCCUCUCUCCCCCCUCUCUCCCCCCUCUCUCCCCCCUCUCUUCCCCCUCUUCCACCCUCUCUCCACCCUCUCUCCCCCUUCUCUCCCCCCUCUCUCCCCUGCCCUCCACAUUUUUCCAGUUCGGGCCCCCAGGCCGUGCGUACGUGUAUCUGUGCUACGGGCUGCACCACAUGCUCAACAUCACAGCCGACCGGGACGGCACUGCAGCUGCGUGCCUUGUGCGCGCAUGCGAGGCCGUGGCAGGUGAGGUUUGA